GACUAAUUGGUGAUGAUGUCUGACAGGGGGCAGUGUGGGGGCGGGGUCCGGGGGCGGGGAGGAGGAGAGCUUCGCCGGGGGAGGGGGGGACGCGCUCGCCGCCCGCUGGAGGAAACUAACCGCACACUUCGACGACUUCGUCCAGUGCUACUUCGCCCACCGCGCGGACGAGCUGUACUUCCCGGGCUCGAGCCCGGCGACGCCCGCGCCCCCCGCCCCCGCGCCCGCGCCCCCCUCCCUCACGUCGCUGCCCGCGCCUCCCGCCCCCGCCGCCGCCCCCUCCCCCUCCCCCGGCCCCGCGGCCGCGCCCCUGCACGCGCCCGAGCCCGGGCAGGAGGACCACGUGCCGCGCGCGCCCAGCGACAUGUCCACAGCGGAGCGCGAGAGUAUGAUGGAGGGCGGGGGCGAGAUGACGCGGGGGCUGGAGCUGUUCCGCGAGGACCUGGUGGCGUUCACGAGGUACCGCGCGCUGCGGCCGCUCGCCACGCUGUCGUACUGCAGCGACGCGAUCAACUACUCGACCAUCGUGUCCACCAUCGAGUUCGACAAGGACGAGGAGUUCUUCGCGAUAGCGGGCGUCACGAAGCGCAUCAAGGUGUUCGAGUACGCGGCGGUGGUGCGCGACGCGGUGGACGUGCACUACCCGUGCGCGGAGAUGCAGUGCUCCCACAAGGUGUCCUGCGUCUCCUGGAACGCGUACCACAAGCACGUGCUCGCCUCCGCCGACUACGAGGGCUGCGUCUGCGUGUGGGACGCCGCCACCGGCCAGAGGACGAGGGCGCUGCAGGAGCACGACAAGCGGGCCUGGUCCGUGCACUUCAACCGCGCGGACGUGAGGCUGCUGGCCAGCGGGUCCGACGACGCGCGCGUCAAGCUGUGGGCGCUCAACCAGGAGCGGUCCGUGGCCACGCUCGAGGCCAAGUUCAACGUGUGCUGCGUGCGCUUCAACCCGCGCUCCUCCUGCCACCUGGCGUUCGGCUCCGCGGACCACUGCGUGCACUACUACGACCUGCGCGCGCCGCGGCAGCCGCUGCAGGUGUUCCGCGACCACCGCAAGGCGGUCUCGUACGUGCAGUUCCUGGACGCGCACUCGCUCGCCUCCGCCUCCACGGACGGGCAGCUGAAGCUGUGGCGCGUGCAGUCGCCGCGCUGCGUGCGCUCCUUCAGCGGCCACGCCAACGAGAAGAACUUCGUCGGCCUGGCCACCGACGGCCGCUACCUGGCCUGCGGCUCCGAGAACAACGCGCUGUACCUGUACUACCGCGGGCUGUCGCGGCCGCUGCUCGCGUACCGCUUCGAGGCGGCGCGCGGGCUGCUGGAGCGCGAGCGGCGCGACGAGGAGCCCGCCGACUUCGUGUCCGCCGUCUGCUGGCGGCGCGGCACUGGCGGCACCGGCGGCACCGGCGGCACCGGCGAGCCCGCGCUGCUGGCCGCCAACAGCCAGGGCACCAUCAAGGUGCUCGAGCUCGUCUGAACAGAGGUGCAUCUGAAUCUUCACGCCAAUAACCACGCUCGCUCGCUCUGUUGGUGUGUAUUAGUUUCGACUAUCCUGACGCGCCCUUGACGGUGCACCGUAUACGGGG